AUGGCCGGCCCCAGCAAGUCUCUGGUCCUUGACCCGGCGCUCCAGAAAUACUACGAGCUCAACGCCAACCGCUACAAGUACUUCAAGUGGACCCCGCGUCACGCCUGGACCUCCAUCAUCUAUGCCAUCGCCAUUCCCGCUACUCUGACUCUCGUCGCCUACAAGACCGAGGGCCUGUUCGAACUCCGUGGCAAGCGCAAGGGAGACACCAUGGUCGAGUGGUAG